AUGCUAGGCAGAAGGCACUUGCGCCUGGGCGAGGCGCUCAGCCGAGGGCUGCAGCGCCACGCGCCCUCUUUGUGCGGGCGAGCGUCCAGCACCCAAGCAGCAGCCCUAGCGAAGUCCUCGGCCCACUACGACCUGGUCAUCGUAGGGUCUGGGCCGGCGGCGCAGAAGUGCGCCAUCGAGAGCGCCAAGUACGGCAAGAGCGUGUGCAUCGUUGACAAGUCCAGCCAGCUGGGAGGGGUCUGCGUCCACACGGGGACCAUCCCCAGCAAGACGUUCAGGGAGGCCGUCCUGCAUUUGACUGGGUGGAGGCAUCAAGGGUUCUACGGCCGGUCUAGCCAGAGGGCAAGGGCGGCAGUGGCGAUCCCUGACGUGCUGGCCAGGGUUGAGGCGAAGGAGACCGAAGUGGUGCGGGACCAGCUGCAGCGGGAGGGCAUCGAGCUCAUCUCUGGGACGGCGAGGUUUUUGCCCGGGUCGGAGGGAGAGCCCCACCGUGUGAUGGUCCUGCGGACCAGCGAGAAGACGGAGGCGAAGACAAGCGUCUACCGUCACAUCGAGGCGUCCCUUCCCAGCGUGACCCUCUCGGCCGACCGUUUCCUGGUGGCCUGCGGGACGCGGCCGCUCCGGCGACCGGACGUCCCCUUCGACGGCUCCCGCGUCUUCGACUCCGACCAGCUGCUGUGGGGAGGGGUGGACAGGGUGCCCAGGGACCUCAUCGUCGUAGGGGCCGGCGUCAUCGGCAUGGAGUACGCGAGCAUGAUCAACGUCAUUCCGGGCACCACGGUCACGGUCAUCGAUCCGAGGGACGAGGUGCUGGGGUUCGCGGACCGGGAGGUCACGCAGGCGCUGUGCUACUCCAUGCGGAAGAACGGCGCCAGGUUUCUCCUCGGGGAGAAGGUGAAGAGCGUGGAAAAGAUGGCCGACGGCACGGUGGUGGUGGCGCAUCUGCUCAGCGGCAAGCGGGUAAAAGGGGACGCGCUCCUGUACGCGAUGGGACGCCUCGGAAACACUGACUCGCUGAACUUGGAGGCGAUCGGGGUGGACCCGGACGAGCGCGGACUGCUGAACGUCGACGACUCCUACCAGACGGCCCAGGCAGGAGUGUACGCGUGCGGGGACGUGAUCGGCUACCCGGCGCUGGCGUCAACGUCCAUGGAACAAGGCGUGCGGGCUGCACAUCACAUGUGGAGCGACCACGGAGCUCUCGCGACAGAUGCCGCCGCCAAGGCCGCAGCGGCAGAAGGCGCUAUAGAGGACAGCACCGGCAGCGUCGGCGACAGUAGCGACAGCGAUGGCGAUAGCGAUAGCGAUAGCGAUGUGGAGGAGGCGGGAAUUGAAGACGGGGAAGAAAGGGGGGCUUUGGAGUCAGCAGCGACGGUGGCAGCGGCUUCACAGCCGUCUCAACAAGACCCCGUGGCCGCCGCAGGCACGACCACUCUGAACGAAGCAACCAGCAGCACGGGGCCGUAUGGGAGCAUUCCCAUGGGCCUCCUCGAUCGUUCCUCGGAGCUCCUCUUCCCGUACGGCAUCUACACCAUCCCCGAGAUAUCCAUGGUUGGGAAGACGGAGGCCCAGCUUACGCGGGCGCACCUCGCCAAGGGUCAAAUGCUGGGAGGGGUGGACGGUUUCUUGAAGCUCUUGUUCGACACGAACACGCUCAAGCUGCUAGGGGUGCACGCGUUCGGCGAGGGGGCGACAGAAAUCAUCCACAUCGGCCAGGUCGUCAUGGCCCAGGGGGGCUCCGUGGAUUACUUCCGGACGGCGGUGUUCAACUACCCGACGCUGGCGGAGGCUUACAACGUGGCCGCUAGAGACGGCUUGAGGAAAGUCGGCAUCAUUUAGAUAUCGUUAAAGGCUGGAUUGUUGAUGUAAAGAACGCAGGGAGAACGCGGCAUCCACUCUGUACCAAAAAUAAUAAGCCGUGUUCAUGUUUGUAUUAUCUCCCGUGUAGCAUAUUGGGCGCCUUUUGAUGUCAAGGCGGGCGGGCGAGGGAAGGUUGGCUUGUUCUCUCCCGCUCGUUUUGUACCCCCAGUACAGCGGUAUUGU